AUGCAAUUGUGGCCUCCAGAAAUCAUUGUCCUUUCCUCUGAACUGAUAUUAGAAUGCAAAACGGGUGUUAACGCACCAACAAAUGAGCAUGUGCACAGUUAUGGAGUCCUCUUGCUGGAAAUGUUCACAGGGAGGAGACCAACAGAUGAUAGGUUCAAAGAUAGUUUGAAUCUCCAUAAUUAUGUUUCGAGGGCAAUUGCCAAAACAAGUUCCACAGAUUCUGAACCCAGUACUACUUGCACAAGAAGGAGCAUUAGAAAGGAAAGAGAAAGCAACCACAGCAGCAGGAACAGAAGAAGAGGAACACAGUGA